AUGGAUAAUGACAAGGGAAAAGCGACAUGGGAUCAUUACACGACAAAAAUUCUAAUCGAUGUUUGUGCCGAGCAAAUAGUGCACAAAGAAAGACAAGGAACAUCGUUUACAAGACCUGGUUGGUUGAAAAUUGAAAAGAAUUUUCGGGAAAGGAGCGGGAAAAUGUAUGACAGGAAGCAACUGAAGAACAGAUUCGAUGUAUUGAGAAAAGAUUGGAAGUUGUGGGAAAAACUGAUGUCUGGGGAGACUGGCAUUGGUUAUGAUGCAGCCACAAAUAGGGUGUUGGCCUCUGAUGAGUGGUGGCAACGAAAAAUACUGGUGGACCCUAAUUUCAAGAAAUUUAGACAUCAGGGGCUGAUGUUUGCAUCAGAUCUGAUGAGAAUAUUCAAAGAUGUUGUGGCUUCGGGAGAGUAUGCGUACGCACCAUCAGCCUCACAGCCUCAGCCAGCGUUUGCUCCACAGCCUGACACAGAAGAGGAGGAUGUUUAUAGAGUCGGGCUAGACCAACAAGAAGGGUCAGGGGAUAGUGAGGAUGAAAACUUUGGUGUGGACCCAACAGCCAGUGCCUUCACAAAUGACUUCGCUGCUUGCAACAUAAACACCCCCGCAAGUACUGGACCAAGUGGCUCAGGAAGCUAUGGAAAGAGAAAGAGGGGUGAGACAUCAGAUGCAAAGAAGAAGAAGAAAGUUGCUGCAACUACAUUAAUUCUGACAGCCUGA